UCGUCCUGGCCAUGAGAAGCACCGUUGGCGGCGGCUCCGCUGCCCCAGCCCCGCUUCCCGCCGCCCCGGCUCUGCCCCACUCAUCUCCCCGCAAGUGAAGACCAUGAGAGAGGAUCCUUGCUGAGUGAAGACAUUGUUGCAUCCGAGAUGGAGCUCAGUGCCUGCAUGAUGCUUCCACUGGUUUCCUGCAUCCACUCAUUGCAGCUGUGGCAUUUCCUGCUUCUGCUCUCAGCCUUUCCUCUUCCUGCUGUCUGGUCUCUUCGUUCCCGGGGUCCCGUGGCCACUCGGCCUCUCUGUGCCCGUCGAAGUCCCUCUGCCCCUCGGCCCAUUUGCAUCUGGGACAGGAUCUCACUGCCGGAGAGGGAUCUGCGCUUCCUGCCGCGCCAGCGGUCCCUGCCCUCGCGGGGGACCGAGCUGCGGCACGUCGUGCGGCUGAGGCGCCAGGCUGGGGGGGCCCGUCCCGCCACGCCAUCCGGUUUUGAGGAUGGCAUGCCCUCCUCCCAGUAUCCCUGGGCCAUUGUGUGGGGCCCCACAGUAUCGGAUGAGGAUGGAGGAGACGCCAACUCUGCCAACCCAGGCUUCCCUCCGCUGGGUUACACCUUCGUCUCACCACACGGGAUGGCAACAGCUCAGCCCAACUCCCAUUCACUCCUGCACAACGCAGGCCUCAACCUGCGCGAGACCCCGGCCACGCUGCGGCCCUUCUUGUUUGGACCACGGGGUGAAGGUGUGGACCCCCAACUCUACGUCACCAUCACCAUCUCCAUCAUCAUUGUCCUGGUUGCCACUGGCAUCAUAUUCAAGUUCUGCUGGGACCGUAAUCAGAAGCGCCGGCGUCACUCCGGGCAGCACAGCGGGGUCAGGCAGCAGGAGAGCCAGCAGCCCCUCACAGACCUGUCCCCCACCACUGUCAGCAUUUUGGGGCCCUAUAGUGACUCGCUGGCCCCCACACCGGAGACAGAAGAAUGCAGACAGGGGCAGGAGAGCAUGGAGAAACUGGGGGGCCACGGGAAGAGUGCUGCCUUCCAGCUCAAUCGAAUCCCACUGGUGAACCUGUGACGCGCAAGGGAGAAGCACAGCUGGCUCCCCUCACCCUCCUCUCACAGCUGGGGAGCACAUACUUCUGUCGCCUCUGCUACCCCAGGAAAAAACAAUCUCCUUGUGCCAUGGCCCACCACCACCAUCACUAACUAACCAACCAAACCAGGACGUACCUGGGCAAUGGACUAGAAGGGCCUCAGUCUCUUGCUGGGGGAAGGUUGGGGACCCCCUCUCUGAAGGACAGGAUGAUGAGAGAGUGGGGUGGUGGUAGGGGAGAGGAGCUGUUGAUAUUAUGAAAGCUUAAGCUCUCCUGCCCCUCUCCUAGCACACACACACUUUGAUCUCUGUAACUCUCCCACCAGUGCAUGCCUGACGUUGGGGUAGGGGAAGUGGAAAGGUGUACCCCUGUCCCUGUGGGCCCAAACCCCUCUGUGUGUCCUUUUCCGUGUUGUGUGCUUUAAAGUGAACAUCUGGAGUUGAGUGGCUGCAGAAUUCCCUGCUGGGGCUUAGUCUCUCCUGAGCAGGGAUCCAGGUGAUGGCAGGUUCUUCUGUUCCCAAAGCCUUGACCUUCGGGAGGGUCCCAAGAGCGGAUGAAUACGGGAAAGAAGAGGCUUACACAACACCUGACCCUCCUCAUCAACCCAUUUCCUUGAAGGAAACAUUCUCCCUACCUUUAAUAUUCAUAUCACUCUGUUUUCUUUUUGCCUAACACUUUCUUAUUUUCUAUUUAUCAAUCUGUAUCUCUUUCAUCUCUCAAUUACCAUUUUUCGUUUCUUUUUUACCCCCAAUCCUCCCUCCCGCCCCCUUUUCUUGCCAGUUAAGCUUGGGGAAAAAGUUCCUUUCACUUUCCAAAUCUUUUGAUCUCUUGGAAGCCUCCCUGCUGUCGUUCCCCACCCCCUGUCUCCCCAGUCCCCUCUGUCUCCUUCAGCAAGUUUUUAUCUCUAAUCUAUGGUGAUGUUUUUAGGAAAAUCUGAGGCAAAGCCCKUGUCAUUUAGCAAGCAUCCUGUACACUGGAAUACUGCCAGCGCUGCUGAAGUAUGACAUGCAGACGUAGCCGGGUAUUAGGAGCGUGGAUUUUGCUGGGCUGGGGUAGGGAAGUGCUUUGAGAUAUUCAUGUAACAGGUAACAAGCGGCAGAAGAGACUGCUCUCUGGAUGAUCAAGAGCAAUUUGACGAUGACCUCUGGGAACUUCUGGAGGGCUGCCAUGAGCUGGGAUGCUCAUAUCUGCCUCGCAGCUGGAGGCCUGCCUGGUAAAACUAACCAAGGACUUGAAAGAGAGGAUAUGUUCACAGCAGCCAUACAUAGGGUGGCAGCCUUCCUGAGCACGCUGUACUGCUAGACAGCAGGAGGAGUGGCACAGGGACGGUUGCAAACCAGUUGCUUGAGGAUAUGCUUAGGGGCUGUGAUGGAGUGGAGCUGCAUAGCUUCAUUGUCAGUGCUGCUGUUACCUGUGUGAGCAUGAUCAGUGUAUCUCAAUGUCUUGCUAGAUAUGUACCCACAGACAUCUCUCUGAGGGGGUUGGAAAUAGCAGAUUACAGCUUGAUGGUAGUAGUUGUCCUGUCUUGGCUUUUGUGGACACCUUCAAAAUAAUUCACAGGUGCUGCAUUGACAGUCACUAAGCUGAAAUGAUAAGAGACUUCAGUUGCGGUGUCCCCACACUACCCUUACACCUUCUGCUGGGCUGAUACAUCUGGAGAGAGGAAACCUACCCACAGUUUGAAAGACGUGAUGCCCCAUUCAAGGUCUAUGACAAGAAGUUAUCUAUCAUCUCAGAGAAAAGGGAACAGCCCAUUCAUUCUUUACCUCCAUAGCAGAAGCAUAUUCUUUAUAGAACAAAGCACAGGGAGUUGCAUGAGAGGGUUGGUUCUACGCAUUUACACGGGUGAUCUCAGGUCCCAUCUGACUCACCAUGAAGGACAUUUAAAUAAGAGUUUAAAUUGCAAUAAGCUUCCCAGAAAAACAGUAGAGAUAUGGAGAAAAUGACAGGUCUAAUAAAAUUACAGGUUUAUUAGAAUCACAAAAUGUCAGAAAAACGUAGGUGCAAAAGGUCUCUGGAAGUCUCUAGCCUAAGCACAGUUUGAAUUCCUGCAUACAGCAGGGGAUGUUACUACCUAAGGAUAGGCUGACCUAUUACUGAGCCUUUCCCUUGUUUCAGCUCUACUCGAGGCUUUGGAUGGACGUUCAAGAUAGGGACGGACAGAUGUUCCACCAACACGGGGGCAGGCGGCUGCUUCUGCCCAUUGCCCUGCCCACCACUGUCCCCUUCAGCUGAGGGCACGUUGGAGGUUUCCCCCGCUAACACUAGCACAACCAGAGCUGCAAAAGGACAUCUGCAUACAGCCUGCUAAGGGCUGCAUGGUUUAUUAAUGGCAGUUUACAAUGUAAUGUCUUAAACUGGUUUAAAUAAUUUUCCAGACCAGAUUAAUUAGAUUGUCCUUUGAUUAGGAUCAUUUGUUGAAACAAGGCCAGAGUCGAGACUCUACCACCUUUAAGGGCUGUCCUUGGACUUUCCCUCUCCCGCUUUUUCAUGCUGCGUGGAGAGAAGGUCUAUAAGAAAGCAGUAAGGCAUUGCAGGUUGCACAGUGGAAACAUUUCCCAACACUUACUGCAGGGAAACCCUGAGCUCUAGCGGUCAGGCUUUUGUAAACUUUGCAAACAAACCAGAUUUUGGUGUUUUGUUUUCUUUUGAUGUGUCUCUCAACUAAAAGCAUCGCCAGAAAGUUAAGCCACUCAGAAAUGCUGUAGUAAAGGGGAAGCUGGGAAAUACUACAGAGAAAGCUCCUACAGUGAUGGAAGCUUGGAUAUAACGAACAUCUUUUCCAAGCCAUUUCUUUUUCUAGUCAAAUAUAUUUUAAAACAAUCCUUCACUCUCUCAUGUGAAAUAGGUUAGAUAUGGGAAUCAAGCCUACUGUCCUGCCCAAACUUUCAUUGCUGCAUUUUCUGCCUAGAACAAAACAUUAAAAACAUGUUUGGACACACAAGCUUCUUCCAGUCAAUAAAUAAUCUCACUGAAUUUGUUUUCUCUAUGCCUUGCUCUCCACCUUCACCUCUGUAAAAYGGAGCCCAAGCACGCCUGCAGUUUUCUUCCUUGGUCCAAGCUAAUACACCAUGAGAUUCGCAUGUGGACAGGUUGACAGCACAGAGUACAAAGCAAGAGCAAAGAGGCCAGCACCUUCUCAGUCAGAAGUUGUCAGGUUUCCCUGUCUUCCAGAUGACUUGUGAAAUAUCUGAGUUACUUUCCCUGUGGAAAAUUUAAUGGGAGAGAAAGCAGGACGGGGCAACAACUGAAAAUGUUUGUAAAGUUGGGCUGAGCCUGUCAAAUACUUCUGGCCAAUUCAAAUGAGACAUCCAAAUGCACUGGGUGAGCCGAAAUGAACUGUUUCUGCCCUGAACUCCAAAAGAGAAGAAGACAGUGGUGAUCAUGGAGGGGAAGAG